AUGCAUUAUCAAAAUUUUAAUGAUUUUGAUAUCGAGUCAAGUUUUCAAGAAGAUGAGAAUGUUGUCAUUGACAAACCUUUUAUUCCAGCCAAACAUCCAAAAUCAACAUCUCCGCCGCCAGUACGUUCAACGUUUAAGGCACCCUCUGAUUUAUCUCGAGAAGAGCAGUUGUUAUCUACAGUUGUUCACUUGGAUAAUGGCACAACCGGGUAUUUAAUAACUUUAAACAAAACAACAGGAUCAUGGUCAUGUCACGCUUGUUAUCCAUUCAAAGUUCCAUCUUUGUCAUUGCUCGAAGAACAUUUAACCAACAAAAUGCAUUUAUUAGAAAUGGGAAAAUCUUGUUUUCCGGCAAAAAAUUUUAUCAGAGCAUGUUCAGAGACUGGGAUAAGUGUGGGUAUGCCAUCAAUGGUAUCGGGUGAACCAAUACCACCAGGAAUGGAAGAUGAAGUGGAUAAUGUGUUAGCCCGUAUUCAAGCUACACUGGAUUCAAUUUUUAUACCAUUAAUAGGCAUAGAAUUUAUUCUUGAAUUAUUGCCAUCUGAACCAACUGAAGAACCUAGGUACAUGUGUGCAUUAUGUGACAAACGAGGUGAUCCAAGAACUUUUCCUAAUCACUUGCGAAGCUUUAAUCAUCACAUGGCAUAUUUGCGAAGAUAUUUUAGAUCAUUGGCUAGUGCAUUGGAAAAAUUAAACAAAGUGUCUUCUAAAGGAUUUCAAGAAUUAGUAUUCCAUGUUAUUGGGAAAAUAGAAGAAACUUAUGGCCGAAUGAAACCAAUAGUGGUUGAUGCAAGUCUAUUUGAUUUAUCUACUGAAAAAAUAAAAAUCUUAAGACAAGUAAAUAAUGGAAAACAUAUCAUGGAAAAUCCAGAAGAUCUAUGGAUGUUAGAUAUGAUUAAGUCAGAAUUUGUUGAAAAUCCUUCACUGUUACAAGAAAAAUUUCCUUUAAAAAAAGUAACCGAGAAAAAUAAACGUGAUGAAGAAGAAAAACAAAAGGCUAUUAAAGCUGAAACGACAUUUAAUAAAAAUCCAAGAAUCGCUGUUAAUAAAUCCCAAUUACGCCCAAAGAAUGAUAAAGAAGAAAGUGAUUCUGAUAUAGAAUUUGUUGAUAUUAAACCAAAUACUGAUUUUAAACCAAGAAAGCGUAUAUCAAGUAGAGAUUCUAAAGAUAGAAGACGUAGAUCACCACCUAGAAGACAUCGCCGUUCAAGGAGUCCAGUACGUCAUAAAUCACGUACACGUUCAAAAACACCUGUAAUGGUUAGACCAAGAUCUCGUUCACGUUCUCUUGGACGUUCUCGUUCAAGAUCUCGUUCACCUUAUUACAACCGUAAUAAUAAAUACUCUAGUCAUCGAAGGCGUUAUAGAAGCAGAGAAAGAGAUGAAUCAUACAGAAGACAAAUAUCCCCUUCACCAAAUGUGCAUCAUAUGCACUCUAUGUCGGGUUAUGUCUCAGGACAUCCACAUCCUAGAAUGUUUUAUGCUGCACCUUAUAUGUCUUUCCCAAGGCCAUUUAUGAGGUUCCCUCCACCUAGUAGACCUAGGUUCUACUCUCCAGAUAUGUAUUCAGCUGAAUAUCAUACAGAAAAAGAAAGAAAUUCAAGUAAAAGAAAAAGAUUAAUACAAGAAUACGAAAAAGCUGUAGAAGAAAUGAAAAUUGAAAUGGAGAAAAAGUUAAGUUAUCAUGAAAAAAACCCUGAAAAUCAUCCAUUAUAUCCAGACGAAUGGAAAAAGUUUUGGAAUAGACGUUUCAAAGAAUUGCAAAUGGAGGGUAAAGAUCCAAAUACUUACGAUUUUAAACCAGAAUGGAUCCUUUCAUGGAGUAAACGUACACAGGAAAUGCAUGAUGAAGAAAUUAAUGAAAAGAUGGAAAAACUGAAAAGUAAAAUACUGGGUGAUAUUAAUAUGGAUAAAAGUUCUUCUGAAUCACCUUCCAGAGAUUCUCCUCCUUUAAAAGAUAAAAAGUUGAUAAUUGAUUCAAAACAUAGUUGGCAUAAUAUUCCGGUAUCAGAAGUGUUCGAAAAAGACUCUGAUAUUGUUAUUAACAAACCAUCUAACGAUAAAAAACCUAGGGUUGCAGGAGCGUCUCCUAUUAAUUCAGAUUCAGAAGAUUCGAUAAAUGAAAUCAACGAUAAUAAUAAACCCAGGGAAAAAAUUAAAAUUGAAAAUCCAUUAAAUGUUAUUACUGUUUUAAGACAAUUGAGUGUAUUGGAAAGUCAAUUAGGUUUAUUAGCACCGAAAAUAGUUGAUUUGUUGUCUAAAGGUCUUGUAAUGGAAAAAAUUGAACCCAAAUCCUCAAUUAAGUUGCUGACUCCAGACAAUUGUGUGAUGUUUGAAACAGUAAAGGAAAAACUCAAAGGACAACUUUUAGCAGGUGUUGUCAAAAGGAGUUUAGUAAAUGCUACUAUGUUCUCUAUUCGCAACAUUGAAAAAUUAAUGCAGUUAGCCCCUAAGUUUAUACCGACGUCAAGCAUGUUAAAUUCUACACCUACAUCCAUACCCACGCCUGUACCCACACCUAUACAUGCACCCAUACCUAUACCUAAAACUGCUCCAAUUAUAGUGCCUGGAGUUGGUGUUAUUGAUAAAAUGGCUAUUGCGCAGCAAAUAACUCAAGCAUUACUAGCACAAGGUAGAGUAGAUGUGUCACAAAACGAUUUAGAAACUCUCAUAAACGCUGUGGUAGGUAUGGCACAGUCCGGAGAUAAUAUUCAAGGAGCCAAGAACUUAUUAGCAAAUAUAAAUAACGGCGAUGUGAUGAAAACUGCUUAUGAAGAAGUUAAUAAGAAGGAAGAAGUUGAAAAGAUUAAUUUAGACCAAUUAUCUCAGGGUGACAUAAUUAACUUAUUGAAGAAUUUCAGAGAUUUGAAUACUGAUGAACAAGAUGGACUUAUAACUUAUUUAAAAAAAUUGGGUGAAAAAAAACCAGAAGAGGUGAAAAAAUUGAGAAAGUACAUAGACAUGGGACCAUCUAACUUAAAAGAAGUUUCUUCUAUGUUUAAAGAAGAUGAUGAUGAUGAUGAUGAUAAUUAUGAACUAUCAGAAGUUUGUAAGGCUGUUACAGAAAAAGUUAGUGAACAGAAAGACGAAGAUGUGAACAACAUGACCGUUAAUUUUGAAAUCACCGAAGAACAGCAGAAACUUUUAAGUAGUAUAAAACAUUUUUUACCAGAAAUAAAAUCGGAUUACAGUUUGGAACCUACCAACACUCAAAUGCAAACCACUCCUGACCAAUCAUUUUAUAAAAGUCCUGACAAUGAACCUCAUACCACUUCAUAUUCUUUAGAUCCAUAUUCAGCUAAAAAAAGUGAAACUAAUUAUUCUCCACAACCAUCAACUUCCACUACAUUUUUAACAGACCAACCUGAAAAAUACAAUGUUCCCCAAGAAAAGCCUAGUAAAUACAACAAACCUCAAGAACAGCCUAAUAAAUACAGUAAAACACAAGAUCAGCUUAAAAAAUACAAUAAAAAGCAAGAACAACCCAGUAAGUAUAAUUUACCUCAAGAACCACCUAAUAAAUAUCCUAUGUCACAAGAACAACCCAGUAAAUAUAAUAUAUCACAAGAGCCACCUAAUAAAUACAAUAUAUCUCAAGAGUUGCCUAAUAAAUAUAAUGUAUCUCAAGAGCCAACUAAUAAAUAUGUAUCUCAAGACCCACCUAAUAAAUAUAUGUCUCAAGACCUUCCCAAUAAAUACAGUGUAUCUCAAGAGCCACCAAAUAAAUACACUGUAUCUCAAGAGCCACCAAAUAAAUAUAAUAUACCGCAAGAGGAACCUAAUGAAUAUAAUAUACCGCAAGAGGAACCUAAUGAAUAUAAUACUGAAGAACAAUCUAAUGAGUACAAUAUAUCUCCAGAGAAACCUGAUCCGUAUUCAGCUAACCAAGUAGAUAAUUACAAUGAUCCUUACUCACAAAAUCGGAGUAACAAUUAUUACCAAGGGCAACAACAGGAUUUUUAUAAUAAUUAUCAUCAAAAUACUUCCAGUUAUUAUAAAGGUAAAAAAACAUAUAAAACUAAUAAUACUUAUCCAGAGACAUACCAACCGCCUAGAGUAACUAAUAAUACUUAUCCUGACACAUACCAAACGCCUAGAGAAAAUAAUAGAAAUAAUCGAUUCAAUCGUGGGCAAAAUAAUCGAUUUCAAGGCAGACGGUAA